UGGGCAGCACCACACAGGGGACUUUCUUCUACCCCCUGGCACACGCCAUCCUCUUCAUCUUCAUCGCCUCCACCCUCUUCCACAUCCAGCGGCGCCUAGUGAGGCUCCAAACCAGUAGUGGGCAGGAUGAGCAGAUAUGGGUGUCUCAUCCAGUCAUGGAGAUCCCGGCAGAGUGGAGGAAGCCCACGAGCCGUGCCCAGCUGGGCAUGUGGACCAUUAACUCCCUCGGCCGCCUGGGGAACCAGAUGGGUGAGUACGCCACGCUCUACGCCCUGGCCAAGAUGAACGGACACCCGGCCUUCAUCCCUGCUCCAAUGCACAGCAUGCUGGCCCCCAUCUUCAAGAUCAGCCUCCCGGUGCUGCCCAGCGUCAUGGAGCGCGGGGUCCCCUGGCACAAUUACCACCUCAAUGACUGGAUGGAGGAGCGUCACCGGAACAUCACCAGCCACUAUGUGCGCUUCACAGGUACCCCCUGCUCCUGGACUUUCUACCACCACCUGCGCCCUGAGAUCCUGCAAGAGUUCAGCUUGCAUGAGCAUGUGCGUGAGGAGGCCCAGGCUUUCCUGCGGGGCCUGCGCAUGAAUGGGAGUCAGCCCCGCACCUUUGUAGGGGUGCACGUGCGCCGGGGAGACUAUGUCCAUGUCAUGCCAAAUAUGUGGAAAGGGGUGGUGGCCCAUCGGGGCUACCUGCAGCAGGCCAUGGAUCGGUUUCGAGCCCGGUUCAAAUCUCCAGUGUUUGUGGUCACCAGCAACGGCAUGGCCUGGUGCAAGGACAACAUCAAUGCCUCUCUUGGGGACGUGGUGUUUGCUGGCAACGGCAUGGAAGGCUCACCGGGUAAGGACUUUGCCCUACUCACGCAGUGCAACCACACCAUCAUGACCAUCGGGACCUUCGGCAUCUGGGCUGCCUACCUGGCCGGUGGAGACACCAUUUACCUGGCCAAUUACACGCUCCCCGACUCCCCUUUCCUCAAGGUCUUUAAGCCAGAGGCAGCCUUCCUGCCUGAGUGGGAGGGGAUCCCGGCAGACCUGUCCCCGCUACUCAAGCACUAGGCACCCUGUCCCUGGCAGCCCUUGGGUUCCCAGGCCUGAGGAGGGCAUUGGCCAAUGCCUGUGACCCCAGCAUGGACACAAAGGCUGAUGUAGGCUGAAUAUAGCCCAGGCAAGAAGCCAGACUGGAUCUCCAAAGUAGUCAGCAAAGAACAGGGCUGGGAGCAUGGCUCAGCAGUACCAUACCAAUCUUGCAAUCGCAUGGCCCUGAACUCAAACCCUCGUGUCACC